AUGGCUUCCAGUCACUGCGGCAACGUCCAGGACAAGGAGAAAACUUCGGCUCCUGGCGCCGACCUCUACGCCGUGCUCGGGCUCAGCAGGGAGUGCACCGACGCCGAGCUCAGGGUCGCGUACCGGAGGCUCGCCAUGAUAUGGCAUCCGGACAGGUGCUCGGCGUCCCGCAGCUCGGCGCGCGUGGAGGAGGCCAAGGUGCGGUUCCAAGAGAUCCAAGGCGCCUACUCCGUGCUCUCCGACUCCAACAAGCGGCUCCUCUACGACGUCGGCGUCUACGACAGCGAGGACGACGAGGCUGACCUGUCGGGGAUGGGGGACUUCCUCGGAGAGAUGGCCGACAUGAUGAGCCAGGCCACGCCAACGGAGACCUUCGAGGAGCUGCAGCAGGUGUUCGUGGACAUGUUCCAGGACGACCUCGACGCGGGGUUCUUGGGCGGGCUUCCGACGGGCCACAGGGCCCAGGCACCCAGCACCUCGUCGCCGCCAUCGGUGUCGUCGUCGCCGCCGUUGCGGCCGACGCCUGCUGGAAGAAACAAGGGUGCGCAAGCACCGUCGUCGUCGUCGUCGUCGUUUAAAGGCGUCGAGAGGCAGGCCCGGGUCGGCGGGCCUGGAACCGGAUCUGGGCCUCUCCGGAUUCUGCUUCAUGGUAAGCUAGUCGACCCGACCCUUGUUGGCCUUUUUCACGGGUUGGGCGCUGCUGUAGCUCCGUGUAUUGGCCUGGCCCUGCAGCCCCGCUGA